AUGGCCGGACGCCAUUAUCAUGGGCUGCAGGUCGCGGCUUUCUGGACGUGGUGGACCUACUACUUGACAAAAGGUGCUGAUUUUAAAUCAACGGAUAAGGACGACUGGACACCACUCCUGUGGGCUGUAGGUAAAGGCCAUGUUGAAGCGGUAAGACUCUUGCUUGACAGAGGCGCCAGCCUAAAUUCAGAAGACAACAGCUUCAUGACUCCAUUAUCAUUGGCUGUAGAGCGAGGUCAUGAAGAGGUGGUGGAAAUACUACUCGACAGAGGUGCUGGCGCUAAUUUUGAAGGCAAUUUCACCACAACGCCUCUAUCAUGGGCUGCAAUGAAAGGCCAUAAAGAGGUAGUAAAGCUACUGCUGGACAAGAGUGCUUACCUUGAAUCGAGGAAUGAUGAUGGCCAGACGCCGCUAAUAUUGGCCGCUGGCCUAGGUCAUGAAGAGAUUGUGAAAGUGUUGCUCAACAGGGGUGCUGACAUUGAAUCGAAAGACGAGUAUGGUAGAACACUACUAUUAUCUGUGGCAGGAAACGGUCAUGAGGCUGUCGCCAAGCUGCUACUCGACAAAGGUGCUAAUUUCGGAUUGCAGGAUAAUGAUGGUUGGACACCAUUGUUAUGGGCUUAUAACUUCCGUCACGAGGCAGUGGUGAAGCUUCUGCUAGACAAGGGCGCUGGUUUGGAUGGGGACUUGCGAUUUGACAGCAACACCCUCGGCGUCAAGACUAAUGGCAGGAGUGCAAAUAUAUCGCACCAUUCUAACAACGUUUUGAAGCAAUAG